AGUUGGCUGCAGGAUUUGUGAUAGGGUGGUAUGAUCUGAUAAAUUCACCGCAGGGACCAAAUGUUCACCAGAACGGCAGCCCUUCCCCCCAAUCUUGGGGCGUUCAGCCUCCAAGAAUCAUUGCGCCGAACUCAAUUCGGUUACGCUUCCAAAAUCGGAGGAGCCCUGUUGUGGUGCUCCCGCUAACUGUCUCCAGGAAUUGUUCUCCCCCUGUUCUUGUCCCUCUGCAGACUGCAGCACCCUGCGGCCACGCAGACCUCAACCCAGCUUUUUUCUUCUCCCCCCUUUCGGUUCGAUACGAAGUUUUCCUCGUCCACUCCUUCCUCGUCCUCUUAUUCUCCACCCUUCUCCUUUUCCUGCGUGAGAAAACUUGACACUCCUUGAGCUACUUCUCCUCUUUUCUCCUCCCCAUUGUCAUCUCCGGGCUCUUCGUUAAACAUCGGCGAUCAGUCCAUCUGCUCCUCCUGCAUCCCCUCCCGAGCUCCUGUAUAUCUGCAUAACCAAUCAACCAGUUUUCAUCAUGAAGGGUACCUGCAGCUCUCCAAACUUGUUUCCCUGGAGAAAAGGAGAAAAUAGUUGGCUAAUAUUGUUUGUUUGGAUAAAGCCCUCAUUCUUGUUGGUGGCUUCGGUACUCGUCUACGACCUCUUGUAUGAAUUUUCCCGUCCAUCAGUCCAACCCUUCUAUGGAACCAUCCGUCCCAUGAACCCGUACUCUCCCGUACUCUCCCGUCAUCCCAUUUCAUCCCGAUGCUGUUUCAAUCAGUGCAAAUUAGACGGCAGCGUGCCGUAGAGCUGCGUGGUCCGCCGAAAUAUGCAGGUUGCUGACCAUGGCUACCGGAAUGUCGUGUUAGACUCUCACUCUCCCCAAGCCCCUGGUCGAAUUCGGAAACAAGCCUAUGAUUCUCCACCAAGUAGAAGCACUGGCUGCAGCUGGUGUCACGGACAUCGUUUUGGCCGUCAAUUACCGCCCGGAUGUCAUGAUUAGCGUCUUGAAGAAGGUGAUCUAACCUUCAUCAGCUCUUCUAGGGCAUGCCUUAUCGACUAUGCUGACUGAACUUGGCGAGACAGUAUGAAGAGGAGUAUAAAGUAUCAAUUACCUUCUCCAUUGAGACCGAGCCAUUAGGGACGGCCGGUCCUUUGAAGCUCGCGGAGAAGAUUCUUGGCAAAGAUGAUUCUCCGUUCUUUGUCCUCAACUCUGAUGUUAUUUGUGACUAUCCCUUCCACCAACUUGCCGAGUUCCACAGAUCGCACAGUCAAGAAGGGACUAUCGUGGUCACAAAGGUCGAGGAGCCGUCCAAGUACGGUGUGGUGGUUCAUCAGCCAGGCCAUGCGUCGAGAAUCGAUCGCUUCGUCGAGAAGCCCAUUGAAUUUGUUGGCAACAGGAUCAAUGCCGGUAUCUACAUCCUCAACCCCUCUGUCUUGAGAAGGAUAGAGCUUUGCCCUACUUCCAUCGAGCAAGAAACCUUCCCUGCCAUCGUUAAAGAUGGUCAAUUGCACUCCUUUGACCUUGAGGGAUUCUGGAUGGACGUGGGCCAGCCCAAGGAUUUCCUUACUGGAACCUGUCUCUACCUCUCGUCUCUUACCAAAAAGAACUCGAAACUCCUCACGCCCGCGACGGAGCCAUUUGUCUAUGGAGGCAAUGUCCUCAUCGACUCAUCAGCGAAAAUUGGGAAGAAUUGUCGUAUCGGGCCGAAUGUCACAAUUGGGCCGAACGUCACUGUUGGUGAUGGUGUGAGAAUCCAGAGAUCCGUCAUUCUGAAAGAGAGCAGGAUAAAGGAUCACGCUUGGGUCAAGAGCACCAUCGUUGGUUGGAACAGCACCGUAGGAAAAUGGGCACGUCUGGAGAAUGUAACAGUUCUCGGCGACGAUGUCACAGUUUCCGACGAAGUAUACGUAAACGGUGGUUCGGUGUUACCGCACAAGACCAUCAAGGCCAAUAUUGAUAGUGCGUUACCUAUGUGAAGUUUCCAAUGAGAAUCUGUUUUACUGACUUGAGUUUUUAGUUCCGGCUAUUAUCAUGUAAAGGUGUUCAUCGGCUCUUGGCUUCACGCGACUUUGAAACCCUUUCCCGACUCCUUGGAUUGGGACGUUAGAGGAUGUGGUCUCUGCUCUUCUGUUUUGGAUACAGUUAACAUUAUUUAAUCAACAUUUAAAAAUGAGAAGUAAUCAAUGGCUGAAUGAAGAUGUUUGUAUAAAAAUGAGUGUUUCUCCGUUUGUUUUUUUACGAUUGUGGCCCCGGGAUGGGUUGAUUUGGGGAGACACUUUUGGAAGUGAAUCAUCAGGCGAGAUUUUGAACAAUAAAACAGAUACCUCGGGUGAUGGCGCAUACUGUGGUUAGCGGGGAAGCGGGUUCAGACUCCUCGACGCUCGGGCAGCCGGACUUAGCGGUACCGUGGUUGACCCCAGAUGGGGGUACACCCUGCCAAAUAAAUGAUGCGUAUUCAUG